AUAAAUAGCUUGAGGACCCCGCCAUGAUGAAAUGAGCUACGGUAGAAUCAUAUACAGGAUAAAGUAUAGUAGCCAACAGAUAGCAGUUCAUGUGGAAUUGGCCUCUUAUUGCACGAAGAACUUUUUCGACAUCUUUAUUCAAGUCGUUUUCGUUUUCAUCCCAGAGACAUUCACAUUCAUCCACCAUGUCAAAGGUUGCCCCUGUAAUUGCGCUAUCCCAUGGCGGUGGCCCGAUGCCUGUUCUUGGCGACCCUAAGCAUGAAAGCAUUGUCUACUCCCUAAAGAACCGCGUCCCCAAGAUCCUCAAGCUCGGCACCCCAGAUCAACCCCGAGCCAUCAUCCUUGUCACCGCCCACUGGUCAACCGCAAAGCCCACCAUCUCAUCAGGCGCAUCUCAUAAGUUACUCUACGACUACUACGGGUUCCCUCGUGAAUCAUACUCUCUCAAGUACCCAGCACCCGGACACCCAGAGAUCGCAAACGAGAUCGCCGAUGCUCUGCGCGGAGAAGGUCUCACGCCUGAAUUGGAUGACGAGCGAGGAUGGGACCACGGAGUUUUUAUUCCGCUUCUGCUCGUCAAUCCCAAAGCCGACAUCCCCGUAGUCCAGGUCUCGGUUCUUGAGUCAGAGGAUCCUGAAGAACAUCUCCGCAUGGGCGCAGCACUGCGAAAACUGCGAGCCAACAAUAUCGCCGUCGUUGGUUCAGGAUUUGCAAGCUUUCAUAACAUUCGCGCCAUGAUGAUGCUGAUGAAUGCGGGGUCUGAACAGCAGGCGCAAUUCCGAACCUUGUCUGAUGAAUGGAACAACACAUUGACUGAGGCGACGCUCAAGAAGGAUACAGAUGAGCGGUGGAAGGCUCUCAAGGGGUGGAGAAAAUUUCCAUAUGCUGAUAUGAUGCACCCGCCUAAUGGAGGAGAGCACUUUAUGCCAUUGCUUGUGUGCGCGGGAGCAGCAAGGGAGGGAGAAGAGACGAGAAAGUACAACGAUGAGUAUGUUGGAGUUGAGAUUAGCACAUUCUACUGGGGAUCGGAGGAAGAGAGCAAACUGUAAAUCUUUAUCGAUUUUAGCAUUGUUCAAUAGAGUAUCAUGGUUAUUUGGUAUGCUUGUUUUAAGCCGA